AGUCACCACUUGGUCGUCUUCCUCCUAAAGCUUCCGUGGUCGUUAGCGGUUUGCUGCCUUCCCCGCCUUCUUUGCGGGCCCCACUGCUCCUCCAAUCUUAGGGGAGAUCCCCCGGAAUCUUCUUUGCCCUCACAAUAUCUCCUCCCUCCACUUCUUCUUCUUCUUCUUCUUCAUCUUCUCCUCGUUGUAUAAUAGCAGAGCAAGUGGCACUGGAUCAAGGAAACACUUGCUAAGUCAAUCUCAAGAACGAAGUAUUGAUGGGAACCCUCAGCUCAGAUUUGCUCCUCAUCGAUGUCAGAACCUCCUGGCACUCAGCUAACCACUUCCCCAUCUCGACCCUCAUCUCCACAGUCUCUUCGGCGUUCCGCCGGACACGUCGUGGGCAACGGGCAAUUGCUGCGUCCUCGAGGUCGCAUAUCCCGCGAUCGGUUCGGGCCCCGGAGAUACGCAGGCCUUCGGAUCGGUUCCUUCCGGGAAAUGGGUCUGUCUCGAGUUCCCCGAGCACGGUCUCCGCGUCGAGGUCUGUGGCCGAUUCGGAGCUCGAGGCGUUUUUUGAGCUGGUUCCUCUGAGGAUGAGGAGGGAGCUGCAUAGGCACGAGGAGAUUGGGCAGUUGAUUGAGGUGGUUAUGGACUUGGGAAGGAAGCCUCUUGCCAGGUUCCCCUCUGGGGAUUGGGUCAUCUCCGAAGAGCCCAUUUCGCUCGAAGACCUGAAGCACGCCAUAUCAAAGGUUGGUGAGUUUUCAGAUGACAAUCGAUCUGGCAUUGAUAAUUCCUUGCACCGAAUAAGUGCCAUUCGCAAUCGAAAAUUGCAAAUUAUCGGCCUCACCUGUCGGGUAGGGAGGGCCAUGUCUGGAAGUGCCGAGACUUUCCGUGACUUGGUCGCAGGGGGAGGUUCCAUCUUGGUCGUUGGCCCCCCUGGAGUCGGCAAAACCACCUUGAUCAGAGAGAUCGCUAGAAUGUUAGCAGAUGACCACAAGAAGCGUGUUGUCAUAGUGGAUACAUCUAACGAGAUUGGUGGUGAUGGAGAUGUUCCUCACGCAGGAAUUGGUCGAGCGAGGAGGAUGCAAGUGCCCAAUGUUCAUAUGCAACAUAAUAUUAUGAUUGAAGCUGUUGAAAAUCACAUGCCAGAGACCAUUAUCAUCGAUGAGAUUGGGACUGAACUCGAAGCAUUAGCUGCUAGCACGAUUGCUCAGAGAGGAGUUCAACUCGUGGGAACAGCUCAUGGAGUUACCAUAGAUAACAUCAUUAAGAACCCUUCUCUGCAGAUCCUUGUUGGUGGUAUUGAGAGUGUGACUCUUGGUGAUGAGGAAGCACGGAAAAGGAAAGUUCAGAAGACAAUUCUAGAGAGAAAAGGGCCUUCAACAUUUACUUGUGCAGUUGAGAUGAUAUCAAAGACAGAGUGCCGGGUGCAUCACCGGUUAGAUGCAAGUGUUGAUGCUAUUUUAGCAGGAAAAUCUCCUUUGAUUGAAAUUCGGCAGAUGCAUUCUGAAGUUAAUGGCUCUCCAAAGCCUAUGUUACUUGACGAAAAGACUGAGGAAGAAGAGUUUGAGUUGACUAAUGAUGAAGAGUUAAGCAGCGACGUAGACUCCGAUGAUGAUGAGGUGAAUUAUUCUCGGAGUAAGUCCAAGAAACGGAGCAGUAAACAGCCUUCGAGCAAAAAGAGCAUCCCGAUAUCUGUAUAUACUUAUAAGAUUCUUGAAGCCGACCUGCUACAAGUGGCUGCCGUAAUGGGGCUCGAGGAUAUGAUAGAUGUUACUGAUGACAUUGGAGUAGCAGAUGCUAUUCUUGCUUGCAGUUCUGAAUUGAAGGAAAAUCCAUGGAUACGAGGUGUCGCUAAAUUCCAUCAGUUGCCCAUAUUUGCUAUUAAGUCAAAUACUAUGGCACAGAUGGUCAAGGCCGUUCGCAUGAUUCUUGGAAUGGAAUCAUAUGGAAGAAAAUCGAAGCUUCCUCCUAAGAAGUACUUAGAUGUUGAAAUUGAAGAAGAUGCCCCUAAAAGGAAACCGUCCUUGGAAGAGAUUGAUGCAUUAGAGGAGGUUCGACUUGCAAUCGAGUACAUCGUGAUUCCCGGAGGAGAGCCAGUGGAGCUUCUCCCCAGGCGCUCAGAAAUAGUUGCUCGGCAGCUUGAGCUUGUGGAAAGCUACCAGCUAGCUGUGGAAAAUUCUGGAACCGAGCUUAACCCGAGAUUGCAGAUACUUCCCCUGAGGCUAAACAAGAAGGGCUCAAAGGUCUCGAAGCCUAGCUUGAGCAUACUGAAAGAGAUGACCAAAGAACCGCUGAUUGGUGGUGGCAGCGGAGCCACAGUUGCACGGCUGCCUCUUCUUCCCGAGUGAAAUGUUUAUCGUCAACUGUAAAUACC